AGAAAAUGUCUACAUCUAACAUUGCAGCAAGAGCGGAAACUUGGCUUUCAUCUACGUGGCACGUUAAAGUUCCUUUGACAUGGCUGGAAGCGUGUAUUAGUUGGAUCCAGGAAGAGAAUAAUGGUAGUAACUUAAGCCAAGCUCAGAUUAACAGGCAGGUAUUUGAGCAAUGGCUUCUUACAGAUCUGAGAGAUUUGGAGUAUCCCAUUUUGCCUGACUGCAUCUUAGAUGCUCCCAAAGGAGAGCUGUCAGGCUUCUACUCCAUACAGAUUGAUUCACUGAUUGAUGUUAGCCAGCCAGCAUAUUCCCAACUGCAGAAGCUAAGAGGGAAAAAUACUGUAAAUGAAGAAGUAACAGCCAGUACUCAGGCAUUCCAGAAGCCAUGGGAAGCAAAGCCCACUCGAAUGCUGAUGCUGCAACUAACUGACGGGAUACAUCAAAUUCAGGGCAUAGAAUAUCAACCAGUGCCUGUCCUCCACAGUAAUCUUCCUCCUGGAACAAAAAUUGCUAUACAGGGUAAUAUUGCAUAUCGUCUUGGAGUCCUUCUGCUUAAACCAGAAAAUGUAAAACUGUUGGGGGGCGAAGUGGAUACUCUUCUGGAGGAGUAUUCUCAGGAAAGAGUCCUUGCCAGAUUAAUUGGAGAAACUGAAAACCCUAAUCCUGUUGGACAAGCUGGUCGUGACCAAAUUGUUUCAAGGGCUGUGAAUGAAUUAGAACAAACCUUAGGCCCUUCAGAUGAAGAGCUUUUAGCAGGUCUUGAUGAAAAUAAUGAAUUUACUUUAAACAAUGAAGCAUCUAUAGAAAGCGGAUACUGCAGUAGAAGCAACAAUUUUAGUGCAGCCUCAAGUUCACUAAAUGCACAUAAUGGAAAUGUUUUGCUACAGGAACCUGGAAGUCCUUUGCAUUAUUCACAUGAUCAAGUUUCACCUUCUGUUGAAUAUGCUGAUGUUUUUUUAAACGACUUUCCUUUAGAAGAUGACUUGCUUUUAGAAGAAGAGAUGCAAAGAGAGCUGGAAGAAGUGCCACCAGUGGUCAUGAACAGAAAUACGGGUUUGAUUACUGACAGACAUCCAGAUAUAUCUAGAAGCUCCUGCAAUUCAUCUUUAAAUGGCACUUGUGAAAAAGAUGAUGUGAAUGGAAGAAAUAAGCCUGCAGAAGCUACCAGCAAGCAAAAGACUUUUGUAAGAACUGUAUUUGAUGGAGAUGGAAGUAGUACGAGUAGCUUUUCACAGCGCAAGAGUGUAGAUCAGACCUGCAGUUCUACAGAUUUUUCUUUAGAAAAUCUUCCUGAAGAAAGGCAGGAUGACACAGACCUAGAUAAGAACAGAUGUAAAUUCCAGCACACUUCUGACAGCAGGCUGUUAAAUGACAAUACUGUAUUUUCAUCAAAAAUGGAUCCAGAAGUAGAUCAGCAGAAGCAUGAUUCACAGACCUUCCCUUGCAGAGCAGUAGAUUUAGAUUCCCCACCUUUCACAUAUAUUUCCCUUCUCCUUGCAAAAAAACCAGAAACUGUUACAAUUCUGAAAGUUAAGUGUUUUAUUGUUACUCUGACUGGAAACCUCACAAGCAGCAAUGGGUCCUGGAGUAUAAAGGCAAAAAUUUCUGAUGGUUCAGCUUACCUUGAGGUAGAUUUUGCUGAUGAUAUUCUAACAAGUUUGAUUGGUUUUUCAGUGCCGGAAAUGAAUAAGCUGAAAAGGGAUCCAGCUUUACACCUGAAACUUAAGCAAGGUUUAGAGAAAUGUCAAAAACAGCUGAUAGAUCUCUGUUGUUUGAUGACUAUAGAGUUUAAUCCACUUCAGUCUAAAGCCACUGUAUUAACUCUUCAGGAUGCUGAUAUGAGACAUCUAGAACAAUUGAAGAAACGUUUGAAUAAAUAA